GCCCAAUAAUCCCCCACGCUGUUUGUUCUCAGUGGCUUCGCAUGCGGACUAGAACCUUUCCCCCCUGAUCCGGUAUCCGCCCGGGAAACGUGAGAUUGAGCGGGCCUAGUCCGCGGUUUCCGUUGAACCCCCGGCCUUCCCGGAAACGCAGAAAGAGACGGGAAGUGGGCUGGGCAGCGCCCGCGUGGAGAGUUGGGAUAAAUUGAGGCCCGGCUGACGGAGUAGCUCAGUUCUGUGCACCUCAUCGCUUCAUCUGCGGUCGCGCCAGACGAACUCUCUCUCUCCUACAACGAUGGCCCGUGGUGCGUUCCUGUGCUUGUUGGUGGCGGCCUGUAUGACCGGCGGGGCCCUGGCCUGCUCCUGUAUGCCGACUCACCCGCAGACCCACUACUGCUUUGCAGACUUCGUUGUCCGUGCCAAGGUUGUGGACGGGCCGCAUCUGUACCAGCCGGACGGAGUGCCCUCCCCUGAGCCGGAACCGGAGGCAGAUGGUCUGCCGGUCUACGAGCUGCCGACUGACGCGAGCUUGGAGAGGACAACCCUGCCGCCUCUGCCGGGGCAGGACGACACGCCAUCUACCGACGUCCACAGGUACCGUAUCUCCAUCAGUAAGAACUUCAAGGGACAACUGGGAAAAGAUGUGGACCCUUCGAACGUGUACACCAUGGCAGAGACGUCUUUGUGCGGGAUCGAUAAAGAACUCAAGUCUGGACAGCUCUACCUUUUGGCAGGAUACAUCUAUAAGAACAAGAUGCACGUGGGACUGUGUAGCUGGGUCAGUCCGUGGGAGGAGGUGACAGAGAAGCAGAGGCGUGGACUCAAGUACAUGUACAGAGACAACUGCGAAUGUGCCAUCCAGCCGUGCCUGCGCGGUAAGACCUGCACACCCUGGGACGACAAGACGUGCCUGUGGGACGACAUGUACACCACUGACUGUACCCGCCGCCUCAGCGCAUGCGUGAAGAACUCCGCCACCGACUCCUGCAGCUGGUUCGUGCACCAGGCCAUGCGGGACUGCACCAGCCCCAUCUCCCCCGAGGCCGCCGGCAACAUCCCGGAGAUCCCCCAGCUGCCCGAAGUGGACGAGCCCUUCUACCCUCAGGUGGAUACUCUCCUGCCGCGCCCUGCCGGCGGAAAUGGCGUCGUCAACGGCGGAAAUGACGUCGACCGUGAGAUUGAGCGGUUCGAAGACAGCAGCAACGAGGUCGACCCUGUCGCCUACCCGGUGGAGAAGGCGGACGACUACCUGGACGAGUCUAUCGACGUGUGGUUAGGCCGCUGGGGCAUCGACGGGGGCGCCCCCUGAGAACCCACCUGUAAUCAUUCACCAACCCCUUAUCAAAUUGACCCCCACCCCCGCCCAACGAUCGAAUUUCGCAUAUAAGUUUCGUAUUACUAUUACUAACGUGUGAUUUUAAGAAAAUCGAUCUUCAUUUGGUUUCUUUUGAUUAAGAUCAAAUAUGUUUGUAUUAUAUACCGAUGCCUUUCUCAUAAUCAUAAGGAAUAUAUUGUUGUAGGGAAAGGAAUAAUAAUGAUGAUGGGAAUGAAUAAGGGAUUGAGUGCCGUAGCUGGUAUUAAUGUUGACUGCUUUUUCUGGUUGCUAAUAGUUCUGGUGAUGAUGUUGUAAAUAGCUGUGGAAAGGAACUUUUGUAUGAAUCAAGCUCAGCUGUCAUUUUAUUCCGCUAUUAUAAAAGAGUACAGAACGCACAUCUGAAAUGAAGGAAGAAUACCAAUAUUGCUAUAUAUGCGUAUAUGCUAUAAAACAUAAGAAAAAAACACAUGAGAAAUAGCCCCCUCCCCUUUAAACUCUUGUUUGUUAUGAAGCCUUAUUAACACUGAUGCUUCUCCAUGUACAAGAACUAACUGAAUCAUGUUCGAAGUUAUCAAUGUGCUUAACCAAUAGGCGUCGUCUGACUUGACACCCUCUAAUAAAGGCUGAAAGCUAUAA